AUGAUGCCGACUUGGCGCGCUGGCAACUUCCCCCUUCCGGCGGGAUCCAGCUUAGGGUUAGCGCCGCUCCAGCCACGCGUCCAGCCACAUCCUGGGUCAUGCCCGAGGAUACUACGGAGCAAGUCUGGACGGAGGACGGAUAGUAACAUCCGUACAGUACAUAGUAGUUUCAGGGUGGCUGAACUGUCGCACUGCGCACGGCCGCACUCUAUGGACCAUGAAUACUUGUACGAGCGGCCAAUUGGCGGCGGGGAUAUGCCCCAGGCAGCUCCAGACAGCAGCUGGUGGAUUGGAUCAGCCGAACAUAAAUUUGAAGAUGAAAUUGGGCAUCGUGAUGAGAUGUAA